AUGAAGGAUGAUGGCCCAAAUACACCCAUGAUAGUAUCGCUCCUCGCCGGAGGCAUCGCAGGAGCAAUCGAGGGAGCUGCCACUUAUCCAUUCGAAUUCGCCAAAACACGCGUCCAACUUCGCGAAAAGAAAGGCCAACCCACACCCAAAAAUCCCUUCAAAGUCGUCUACCAAGUCUACUCCAAAGAAGGAAUCCGAGCAUUAUACAAAGGCUGUCUCCCUCUCGUCAUCGGUUCCGUGGGGAAAGAUGGCAUCCGCUUCCUCUCCUUCGACACGAUCAAAAACACCUUCAAGGACCCCGAAACCGGCACCCUCUCGCCACUACGAAACAUGCUCUCGGGAAUGGCCAGCGGCGUCGUCGCCUCCGCCACGGCCGUGACGCCCACGGAACGAAUCAAAACCGCAUUGAUCGAUGACGCGAGAACCGAGAGACGCUUUCUGAAUGCGAGACAUUGCGUCAAAACUAUUCUGCGUGAAGACGGUCUGGCAGGCAUGUAUCGUGGUUUCGCAGGCACGACGUUGAAACAAGCGGGCGCAACGGCUUUUCGAAUGGGCACGUAUAAUAUUCUCAAGGACUAUGAACGCACCAAGGGGAUUGAGCAGAGUACGACGACGAAUUUUGCGAAUGGAAGUGUGGCUGGUGUGGUGACGACGUUGGCGACGCAGCCGUUUGAUAUGAUUAAGACGAGAUGUCAGAGUUCGAGGGGUGCGAGUACGGUUGAUGCGUUCAGGAGCAUCAUGUUGGAUUAUGGGAUCAAGGGCUUCUGGAGAGGGACGACGAUGAGAUUGGGGAGGACGGUGUUUAGUGGUGGGAUCCUGUUCACCAGCUAUGAGUGGGCCGCUGCGUUGUUGAACCCGCUCUUCCUUCGUGACGAUAUGAGGGAGAAGUGAAGUGGUCAGUAAGGUAGGUAGGAAUUGGACGGAUAGGCUUGGCAACGAGACGCAAACUGGGACGGAGAGAGAAUGUGUGUAUGUGUGCGUGUGUAUUGCAGCACGGCAUAGACGGGCAUAUUAAGAGAACAGUAGUAGC